CGCAAAAAAGCCUGUCUCUCGAUCACAUACUGACGUCGUAACUGUUUUGAUGUCAUGUGACUACUCGGACCGUUCGGGAUGUUUCACCCGGGUAAACUCGGCAAUGGAGUCGACUCGAGUGACGCGAGUAAACGACGAAAACCUUACCUUGGUGUGUAUUCGCUUGACGACAUAAAUACGAUACAGCACGGACAUAGAAGUUUACUUGUUUUAAGGACUUACAGUGGAAUUAACUCGCAAUUCUUACAGGCUGCUAUUGUAGUUUUCACCCAUAUACGUUGGAGUAAACGAGAAUUACAAGUGUACCGUAUUAAAGAAAUUAUGGCAAGUUUUCUUUGUAAGAUAUGAACUGAUACACUAAUGUGUACGUACUAGUGUUAAGGUAAUGAUUUCCACUGUGCAAACUAGUUUACUUUUAUGCACUAUAAAGGACUUUUAAAGUAGAUAUUUGACUAAAAGAAAUUUACCUAUGGACAUUUAAAUAUUGGACUAAAAUACACCAACAAGUGCAGUUUAUAUGAAAUAAUGAACGGAUUUGAAAAAAAAAAUGUUCCUAUUUUUUUAAAAGUUUGUUAUUAUUAUUGUAGACUAGUUACCAUUUGAACUAGGUAAAUUAUGUCAUGUGAACACAAUGGAAGACGAUUUUAAUUACAUGAAGCGCGGUGGUAUCCAGGAUACGACGUCACCAAAGGAAAAUGUGACCCUUGAUUGCAUCACUGGAUCAGAUCUAGUAAACUUGGUUGAAUCCUGGGUGAAUGACAACCCGCUUUCUUCCUACAACGGAAGUAACUGUUCCUAUGAUGACGUCAUUACAUUUCUUGAGGAGGAAGCAAGCAAACCUGCUAUGCUGAUUUAUGGCAGACUUUUUUACGCAUAUUUUAUGCCGGUUGUGUUCGUUGUUGGAGUUAUAGGAAAUGUCCUCUCUAUCAACGUAUUUCUGUCUAGGAACAUGCGCGGUUUAUCCGGAAGUAAAUACAUUUUAGCCUUAUCAGCUUCUGACAUUGCUGCCUUAGUGUUUUACGUAUUGGUGGAAUGGCUAAAACGAGGCCUGCCUUUUAUAACACACAACCGAGUCAUGUUUAUGGACAUUACUGGAAUUUGUCAUGGAAUAUUUUACUUCCAGUAUGCGUCCAGAUUUUUCUCGGCGUGGUUAGUCGUGGCAUUCACCCUCGAGAGAUUUAUAGGUGUUUGUCAUCCAUUACGGCGGAGGGAUAUAUGUACGGAAGCAAGCACGAGACGGAUUAUUUGUGGUCUUAUAGUGACAUCAUUAGUAAUCAGCAUAUACAAACCAGCCUUGAGUGUAGUGCAAGAUGUCACAAGGUAUGGUCGAGUAUGUACAACAGAUCCACGUCAUCAAUAUGUGACUUUUGUUCUAGAUUCCAUUUAUGCUGUUUUUAUAGCUUUAGUGCCGUUUGUUUUUAUCACAGUGCUUAAUUUAAUGAUCGUGCGCAAAUUAGUAAUGCAUAAUAAAAGAAAUAGGUUGCGCAAUGUUGUGACUGCAGAAAGCGUCAUUCGUUUAGAAUUUACGUUAAUAUUAUUAGCCAUAUCAAUAUGUUUUGUGAUUUUUAACGUUCCGUAUUUCGUCGUGUGGUGUAAAUUGUUUUUAACAUCCAAGUUCGUACAGUUGGAUGAGUUCGAAGACAUCAGGAAAAUGGAGUUUUUCCAGGGAAUAUUUUGGAUAACUCGCGCCAUAUUUUGUUUUAAUUAUUGUAUCAAUUUUUUUCUGUACAGCAUCACUGGUGCCUAUUUUCGUCAAGAAUUAAAAAUGUUAUUUAUGUACAACCGGAAGACGAGUCAAUUAAAUCAGCCAUAUUGUAGAUGUCGCUUUACUUCAAAUCGUUCUACUGUACCGUCCGUUAUAACCUAAUAAAAGAUAGUCAUCUUUCGUAAUAGAUACUCAUGGCAGUCACAUUUUACAGCUGUCCUGGCAUGACAUCUUCAUGUUUUUGUAGCUGGCUUUAUGUUAUGUAAUCUUCACUGCUGGCCCGAUAAAUGUAGCGGCUGUUUUGUGUCACGUAUGGCGAUAUAAAUAUAGCAACCAUGAUGUUUUACUGAUAACCUUUGUAGCCAUAUUGUUUCGGUUAACGUGACAAAAUGACAUCCACGUUGUUUUACUUGAUAAAAGCAGCGGUCAUCUUGCUGCACAUGACUUUACGAACAUGGCAGCCAUGUUGUUUUACUGACCUGACGAGUAUGGUAUACAGUGAUUUAAUCUGGUAACUCCAAAAUAUGGCAGCAACACUUGGCUUGCUGUAAUCAACCAAUGUUUCCUUCGGUCGUGUCUAAGACCAGCUUUGUUUGAUUUCCGGAUUCCCAAUGCACUCUAUUCAUUUCCUACAGACUUUUUUUUAUCAGAAUACAGGUCGAUGUUGUGGCGUUAGUUCGGUCCUCAGAUUUAAAAUGGUGGUAAUCGACAACAAAACCCUGUCUUUCGUUAAACGGAUUCAGAAAAUCGCUUGAUUGAGACCUAAAUCUGGAAAGAGAAUCUUGAUUAAGAUUGAUGAAAUCGAUCUCGCCAUUAGUCGCAUGGGAGCCAUAUUUUCACCAGAGAUAAUACUACACGCCUUUUUGUUGAUUAAAAUAAAUGAAUGAGUAUGUUGUUCACCGUUUUGUUACUGAUUUUCUGUAAAACUAUACAUGGUAUACUAACUGUUUUAUUAAAAUUAUAUAUUUUUUUCUUUCGUCUUAAUGGUUCUACGCCACACAUAUUCAGUACCGUCUCACAC